CACCGCCAAAUUAUAAAUUUAAUAGUCUUCUAAAAUGCAUAUAUAUUCAUGAAAAUAACCAAAGUUGUAUAAUUUCUCCUAAUGCAAGAUUAUAUAUUGAGGAACUACGGAGGAUAUCACCUAACAUUACCGAUGGAGAGGUAGACAUCACAUUGGAGAAUAACUUUCCCACAUGGUUCAGAGCAUACGUACAUGAACCAACCAAUACAGUGAACAAUCCUCUAAUCCAAGAUUUAGCCAAAGGACCUCUAAAUACAGUGAAUGUGUACACAGGAUACUAUGUAAAUGGAUACAAAUUUCACACUGAGGGACGAAGUGCUAAUCGAAUGACGGUGAAUUGUGGUGUAUGCAUUAAAGGAACGAACUAUAGUGAUCAAUCAAGUGAUUACUAUGGUAAGUUGAUAGAGGUUCUUGAAGUAGAAUACCCGGCUUUACCUAUGAAGCGGACAGUUCUAUUCCACUGUGAAUGGUUUGAUCCUACCCCAAAUGUUGGAGUGAAAAUUCAUUUAAUGUAUAAUAUUGUGGAUGUAAAUCAAAGAAGGAGAUUUCAUAAGUAUGAGCCAUUUGUUUUGGCUAGCCAGGCACAACAAGUUUAUUACAUUCCUUAUCCUUCUUUAAGACGAGCAAGAUCUGAUUGGCAAUCUGUGAUAAAAAUUAAAGCCAGGGCAGUGAUUGAAUUACCAAAUAUUGUUGUACCAGCGACAGCGUCAACAACAGAUGCAUUUCAAGAAGAUAUUGUAACUUUGCAGCCUUUAGUCUUAAAUGAGGAAGGAUUACCUGAGACAUUAAAUGAUCCAGCGGGUGGUGAAGUGUUUAUUUCAGAAUUAGUUGAAGAAGAAGAAGAAGAUGAAGAGACAUAUCAUUAUUCAACUUCAGACAAUGACGAAUAUUACUUAGAUUAGUCAACUCUAAGCUGUGUAGUAAACUUUUUUGCUCUAAUUAUCUUUUUUAUUAUUGUUGAUUAUUUUUAAUUUUACAACAUAUUAAUCUCCUUUUGUGCAGAUAGA